AAACUUACAGAUAAAAAAGAUGUUUACAAAAGCUUUUAUAAUGCUUUAGAAGAUGUCAUAGAGAAUUCGGAAGAGGAAAAAGCUUCUAGUAAAGCUAGUAGUCUUCUAAAUCACGAAAGGUUAACUGAUGUAAGAAAGGUGACCAAGAUCUGUGGAGACUUUUUGGACAGGUCUAAUGUGCUGGAUGAAGUGACGAACACUAUUAACAAUGGAAAAGGUAAAGAAGUAGUCACUUCUCCAAAGAAUAAAGAGAAUAAGAAAGGGAAUACAGUGCCAGACAGUCUAACUAUGCAGAAAGGCGGGAGUUCAAUAACUCGAUCUGAGGCAUACAAAAGUGUGGACAUCAGUCAAGUUACGGCUGACGACCUCAUUCACCCCAAUAAGCCAUCCCCAAAGCUGUAG